AUGAAGUUCACAAGCUCUAUCCUCCUUCUUACUGCGCUCAGUGCCGCCGUCUUUGCCAGUCCACACGAUCACGACGAUGAUGAUGAUGACACUGUCACCGUGACCAAGACUGUGACCGUGACCUCUACGGAUUACAUUACCCGCAGCACCUUCAGAACCCAUGCUUCCAGCAGCUGGAGUAGCUCCAGCACGAUCUCCAGCCAUCAUUCUAGUCCUACCAGCUCCGACGACUCUGACAACUCUGAUGGAACUUGCAUUGCCAAAUAUCACGCUUGCACUCCUAGCGAUACUUGCUGCGACAACUUCCAAUGUGUUGGCUACACCCAAUGGAACAGCGGCACCUGCGUUAACCGGUAG